CCUCCUCUGGCCUCACUUACCCUCUACCCAUCAACAAACCAUGAGGCCAGGAAAUGCCCUCCUCCUCCUGCUUGCGAGCUCCUCCUCUCUCCUUCCCCUCGUCUCCCCCGUCAGCAUUCCUGAUUUCCGCCCCUUCCACCCUCGUAAACCCCUUCCCCCCGUCAACCCUCUCAUCAUCCCCUUCUGCAACAAGACCGACUAUCCCAAAAUAUGCAUCAACUCGGCUCGCUACUUUAGCCAUGAGUUUCCAUCUAUUGAUAUCACCAACAUGUUCAACAUCAUGGCUAGGGCUCUUAAAGAUCGCAUCAGAUUCAUUCAAGAGAAGGCUCUCGCCAUGUCCAUCAACCAAAAGGAUGCUUCGGUGCGUGGGAGCAUUAACGAGUGUAUCAUUCUGUACAACAAUGCACUUGAUGACUUGAGCACAGCGAUGGUGGGAUUCGUGACACGCGACAAAGGGAUGUUCGAGACCAAACUCAACUCGGUGAUCACAAUAUUCAAGACUUGCAACAAAGUCUUCAAUGGGAAUCCCCAUCUGCUGUUGAAGGAGGAUGAGAGGUUAAUAAAGAUGGCGAGCAAUAGCAUCGCCAUCGGUAAAUUAUCCUUUUAAGGAAGAGUAAGGACCAGAGGAAGUCAACUACUCUAUCCUCCAAAUCUAACUCCUACAAACUAUAUAGAAUGAUAUUGUCGAGCACCCCGAGGGAAGGCUAGCGACUUGGACAUUGCUUGCUGCUACUCACUUUAUAGCAUAUUGUUAGUUUAAAAAAUGACUUCUCGAUGGCCCCCUCAAAUUUAAAAGUUCCAUUGCAUAUUUGUAGACCAUUAGGGUGAGAGGGUCUUUUGUUUUUGA